CAGUGUCGCCGCCAUCUUUGUUGAUGUGUCAGCUCCGCGGGGGUUUGGGGAAGCGGCUGUGGAGAGAGUGAGGGGUGGGCCGCGAUCCCCGCCGCUGUCUCCCCCGCCCACUUCUAGUCCGGAGGAUCCCGCCAUGGAGAGGUUGGACCCUGAGCCGGAGCUCCAGCGGCCUAGUUAGGGUGCGGCCUGAGGCUUGGAGAAGUGGGCACCUUUGGAGUUGGGUGAAGAAACCAGCCAGUAGAGGCAGUUUUCAUUACCUGAACCUCCGAAGAGAGAAGAGGUAGCCCUGGAUGCACUCUGGUCCAUCUGGCUGCAUUGGACCGAGAUGUAAAACAAAGAUCAGAAGCAAAUUUGAAGAAAUGCAAAGUGAAUUGGUGCUUGUCAACAUGUCAGAGACGGAGAAUGAAGCCUUCAUUUCCUCUGAUAAAAAUAUUGGGAAAAUAUCUGAAUUAAAGGAAGAUUCAUGCAGCUCAUUUUCUGGUGAUGAAAGCAGCAGAUUAGAAAAUGAAUCCAAACUAUUGUCAUUAAAUUGUGACAAAAUUUUAUGUCUGCCUAAUGAACACAAUAGUCAUGUUGAAGCACACAAAAAUUAUGUCCCAAAUAAUGAUGGAUGUAAGGAUUCUUCUGCCAAAAAAGACAUAUGCCCAGAAGAUUCCGAACAAAUAACUAACUUACCUAGUGGAGAUUUUGCAAAGCAAGUGUCUAAAACAAGUGAAACAGAACAGACAGUAACACAAAUACUGGCAGAAUUAAGGUCACCUACAUUUACAGAAGCAGCUCAUCAAAAGACUUACUCAGAAAGUCUCUAUGAUACAGACUGCACCAAGAAACUUAUUUCAAAAAUAAAAAAUGUUUCAGCAUCAGAGGAUUUGUUGGAAGAAAUAGAAUCUGAGCUGUUGUCUACAGAGUUUGCAGAAGAACACCAAGUACCAAAUGGCAUGAAUAAAGGAGAACAUGCAUUAGUUCUGUUUGAAAAGUGUGUGCAAGAUAAAUAUUUGCAGCAGGAACAUACUAUAAAAAAGUUAAUUAAAGAAAAUAAGAAGCAUCAGGAGCUCAUCUUAGACAUUUGUUCAGAAAAAGACAAUUUAAGAGAAGAGUUAAAAAAAAGAACAGAAACAGAGAAGCAGCAUGUGAACACAAUUAAACAGUUAGAAUCAAGAAUAGAGGAACUUAAUAAAGAAGUUAAAGUUUCCAAAGAUAAACUAGUAGCUCAAGACAUUGCAGCUAAAAAUGCAAUUCAGCAAUUACACAAAGAGAUGGCCCAACGGAUGGACCAGGCCAACAAGAAAUGUGAAGAGGCACGCCAAGAGAAAGAAGCAAUGGUAAUGAAGUAUGUAAGAGGUGAGAAGGAAUCUUUAGACCUUCGAAAGGAAAAAGAGAUCCUUGAGAGGAAACUUAGAGACGCAAAUAAGGAGUUUGAGAAAAACACUAACAAAAUUAAGCAGCUUUCUCAGGAGAAAGGCCGGUUGCAGCAGCUAUAUGAAGCAAAGGAAGGUGAAACAACUAGACUCAUCAGAGAAAUAGAAAAAUUAAAGGAAGAUAUCAGCUCUCAAAUCAUUAAAGUAAAGUGGGCCCAAAAUAAAUUGAAAGCUGAAAUGGAUUCACACAAGGAAACCAAAGAUAAACUCAAAGACACAACAACAAAGUUAACACAAGCAAAGGAAGAAGCAGAUCAGAUACGACAAAACUGUCAGGAUAUGAUAAAAACAUAUCAGGAGUCUGAAGAAAUUAAAUCAAAUGAGCUUGAUGCAAAACUUAGAGUCACAAAAGGAGAACUUGAAAAACAAAUGCAAGAAAAAUCUGACCAGCUAGAGAUGCAUCAUGCCAAAAUAAAGGAACUGGAAGAUCUGAAGAGGACCUUUAAAGAGGGUAUGGAUGAACUGCGAACACUGAGGACAAAGGCAAAAUGUCUAGAAGAUGAACGAUUAAGAACAGAAGAUGAAUUGUCGAAAUACAAGGAAAUUAUUAAUCGCCAAAAAGCUGAAAUUCAGAAUUUAUUGGAUAAAGUGAAAAUUGCAGAUCAGAUACAGGAUCAGCUUCAAAGAGGUAAGCAAGAAAUUGAAAAUUUGAAGGAAGAAAUGGAAAGUCUUAAUUCUUUGAUUAAUGACCUACAAAAAGACAUCGAAGGAAGUAGGAAAAGAGAAUCUGAGCUACUGCUGUUCACAGAAAAGCUCACUAGUAAGAAUGCACAGCUUCAAUCUGAGUGCAAUUCCUUGCAGUCACAAUAUGAUAAACUUUCCUGUAGUGAAAGUCAGUUGCAAAACCAAUGUGAACAAAUGAGACAGACAAAUACUAAUUUGGAAAGUAGAUUGUUAAAAGAGGAAGAACUUCGAAAAGAGGAAGUCCAGACUCUGCAAGCUGACCUUAUGUGUAAACAAACAGAAGUUAAAGCAUUGAGUACCCAGGUAGAAGAACUGAAAGAUGAGUUAGUAACUCAAAGACGUAAACAUGCCUCUAAUGUCAAGGAUCUUACCAAGCAACUUCAGCAAGCACGAAGAAAAUUAGAUCAGGUUGAGAAUGGAAGCUACGAUAAAGAAGUUAGCAGCAUGGGGAGUCGUUCUAGUUCAUCAGGGUCCCUUAAUGCUCGGAGCAGUGCAGAAGAUCGAUCUCCAGAAAACACUGGGUCAUCAGUAGCUGUGGAUAACUUUCCAGAAUUGGACAAGGCCAUGCUGAUUGAGAGGAUAGUUAGGUUGCAGAAAGCACAUGCCCGGAAAAAUGAAAAGAUAGAAUUUAUGGAAGACCACAUCAAACAAUUGGUGGAAGAAAUUAGGAAAAAAACAAAAAUAAUUCAGAGUUACAUUUUACGAGAAGAAUCAGGCACACUUUCUUCAGAGGCUUCUGAUUUUAACAAAGUCCAUUUAAGUAGACGAGGUGGCAUCAUGGCAUCUUUAUAUACAUCUCAUCCUGCUGAUAGUGGAUUAACACUGGAACUGUCUUUGGAAAUCAACCGAAAAUUGCAGGCUGUUUUGGAGGAUACAUUACUAAAAAAUAUUACUUUGAAGGAAAAUCUACAAACACUUGGAACAGAAAUAGAACGUCUUAUUAAACACCAGCAUGAACUAGAGCAGAGGACAAAGAAAACCUAAUACAAAGUUCUUGCCCAGUAAACAGAUAAAAGCCACCCAGGAGCAGGUGCCACUGACCAGUGUUGUUGGAAACUUUUCCCUACUUUGUGUAUAAGCCAGUCAAAAUUUGUUUUGCUUCAUCUGUAUAAAAAAAGUGUCCUUUUAAAAAUGGAUGCAUUGCUGUGCAUACUGUAAGAGUGUAGGCUUUGAUGAAAUUUGUUUUAUAUGGUGCAAUACAACAGCCUAUCAUUGAGUCUGAACAACUUAAUUUGCUCAUAGUCUUAAGUGCUGAACAUUACUAAAAGGGCUUUAAAAAAAAACCCUUCUCCAUAUUUUUUCCCUUUAAAAUAUGUCAAAAAUUAUUCAUCUUUAAAAAUGAUUCAUGAAAAGACAAAGAAGUGUUACUCAUUCAUUGAUUUACAAUUUCCACAACACCAAGAAAAGUAAGGACAUCAUAAAAAUAUUUGUUUCAAGCUAGACACAGUGGUGUGUACCUAUAGUCCCAGCUACUCAGGAGGCCAGGGGGAGGACCACUUGAAACCAGGAGUUUGAGGCCAAUCUGUGCAACAUAGCAAAAUCCCAUCUCAAAAUACAUUUUAAAAAAAUGUUUUGACACUCCAGUAUAAUAUUUGGUUGUCUUUUAAGGAUGCAGUUGAGUACUUAAAUUUUUGUUUUAAUGAAAACUGAACUUAAUAGAAAAGCCAGCUGUUGGUAAAUGGCAAUAGUUGGACAUUGAAUGUCUCUGUCAGGUUUCGUUGUCUAUCGUAGGUCCAUUUUUUUUCAUAUUUGGAUUAAUAGUUGAAUUCUUAAAAUCUUUAGUUACUUUAAAUAUGGUUUAGAAUAACAUGUUUAUUGAAAAAAUUUUCUGUGGACUUCAGUUACAUUUUAAAAUGUGAAGUGGAUCCAAUCAUUAGAACAGCGAAAUGAAUAAUUCUUAGACAUGGAAAUACUUUAAUUUUACUAACAUUGUAUAAAGAUAAAGUGUACUAGUAUUUUAAGGUACUUACUAAGAACCAGUUUCCCAAGAGAAAGCAGCAUAUGGCUUUGUUAACCAUUUGAGCACCAUUCUUCACUACUGAAACAAUUAAAUAUAUAUCAAAUUGGAGUGAUCAUGAAGUUCCCCCAAAUGUGAUGUUUUAGUAUAUUUAUUUAAAACACAAAAUAAUUAUAUAUCUAAAAACCAAAGGAAUUUUUAAGCCAAAUUAUUGUAUUUUGUUGGAUUUUUAGAUAUUUUUCUAUAUUUUGUUGGAUUUUUACAAUAUUUAUUUUAGAUGUAGAUUUAAAUGUUGUAGUCAUAUCAAUAUUUGUCAUCAGAUUUUUUCUUACCUCCUUUUAUUUCUCACCUAUUAUAAUUUCUUUGACUUUGCAUUAUGUUUGGAUUCUUUGUAUAAUAGGACACCUUAGCUCAUCUGCAGGUUUGUUACCACAAACCUCAUUUUUGUUUUAGAUUUUGGCAUCCUUCCUACUCCACCCACCCCCAUCCCUGUGCACCAAAAAGAAAGUGAGCCUUGGGGGUGACAGAUUAAAAGCCUUCAAAGAACUGUAUGGGCUUUUGAAGUUGGACUUGUGGCAAUGUCCUUUUAAUGGGUUUUAACUUUUUUUUUAAAUCAACUUAACAUUAUUUAAAAGGUAAUUUAGUAAAGAUCAGGUCAUUUAUUGUAGUGUCUUAAUUUUUGUGCAUGUCAAGUUAUACAUUGUCAUCCAAAAGCAAAUAUCCUUUUUAUUUCAGAAUGAAAAUGCACAUUUAAAGAUGUUUUAUUUUUAAAAUAAUUAUAAAAAGUAUUAGUUUUAAUGUGUCUUGCUUUUUAUCAAUAAUAAUUUAUCAAAUUAAAAAAAAAGAGGGUAAGUGCAAUAAAAUCAAUUAUUUUCCCAUUUGUUUCUAGACAUAUGGUUGACACUCCAAAAGUCUACUUACAAUAGGCAACAUAUCUAAUUUUUUCCUGGUUUCUCAUGUGCUAUAGAUUCAUAAACUAUAAGAUUAAAGUUUUUUCCCUCUAGGGUACAAAAUGUAUAAUGGAGGCCAAAUAGUGAUCAGAUUCAUCGUAUUCUAUGCCUAUACACUUUCAAAUAUAUAUUCAUAUAUAUUUGAUAUAGUUACCAUAUUUCAAAUAUAUAUAUACACAUACAUACAUUAGACAAAAAUGAAGCAUUCAGUAUUAAUAUUUGUGCCACCAUUUUAGAGGAAAAUUAUUAAAAGCCAUAUUUCGACGGUAUUGUUGCCAUUUUUCCUGAUAAACUUAAGAAACUAUGGAAAAUUUUUGAAGGAAAUAAUUUGUUUUCUUUUUGUUCUUCAGUAUCUACUGCUUCCUUUUAUACAUGGAUCAGGAAUGAGCAAAGUACUGUAUAAAAAUAUGCAUGUAUUAGCGAUACCCAUUUCUGUCCUGAUUUUCGAACAGCUCCUAAUGUAAGGAUUUGGAGGGCCUUCCACCCGUUUACUAUAUUGAAUAGAGAGAAGAAUGGGGUGUCUGGAGAAUAAUAAACCUGAGACCUACAGGGAAUUUGUUUUAUGUUUGAUAUUGUACACAUCAAUAGCUCUUUAGGUUAGCAAUAUUUUGGUAUCUUUGAGCAGGAAAUUUUUAGUGUGUGUAGGUACACCUCGUAGGUUUUGAUUUGAAAGUGAAUACUUGCUGUGACUCCCAUUCUCUCAUCCCAUAUACACUUUAAUCUGUUAUAAGGAUCAAAAAUUGGACAGAAGAAUUAAUUUCAACUUUGGUGGUUUUUGGUUUUGUUUUUAAUUAUCAUUUAAAGUGAUUCAGGUUACAAACAUGUUAUUUAUUCACUUAAUAAACACAUUGUAAACCUACCUUAUAGGUAUUAUGUUGCAAUUAAACAUCCUCAUAGAGAACUUAUGGUCUAAAAAAAAAUAGCUGGGAGGCAGUAGGAACUGGCCUUUGGGCCUCUUAGCUUAUGCCAGCCCUACUUGGCUGAGAAGAGGCUUACUUUACUUGGGCGUGAAGGUGGCUGAGAAAUUUCACUUUGCCAUGAAACUUGGAAAACUGAAUCCUUGCAAAGGUAUACUGAGAGCAAAUUGCUGUUUUCAUGGUGGUUCUACACAUUUCCUGACUUUUGUCACAGUUUAAUGUUUAAUUAGUCUCUAAGAAAAAGGAAAAAAAUCUGAGCACCAUAAAAUGACAUUAGGUUUUUACGAUUGUACUAAAUUAUUAAUGCCUAUUUGAUGUUCAUAAAGAUGAAUCUAAUUGUUGUCACGCAUUUUUCCAAGCUUUGUUUUGUGGUAUACUAUUUUUUUCUAAGGAUUUUUUUCACUUUCUACAUACAAACUUAGACCAAGAUUUACCUACCAGUGAAAGAAGAGGGCGGGGAAAUAAGACGAUUAGCAACCAUUAAUUUUAUAAAUGUUAUAUAUGCUACCCUGGUGAAAAUAUUUUUAUAAAUCAUGUUGUCAUUCAUAUUUCAUGAAUUUUGACUCUAGGAGCCUAUUUUUCAGUUAAGAUUUUUUUUUAAACAAAAUGUUAUUUUUUAACACUGAGAUUAUUAAUUUUAAACUAACACCAGUUGGUGGCACUAGAAACCUGAAAUUUUUCAAGGCUGAACAAGAGAAACAAUUGAAAAAAGUAUCCAAACAUGAAUUUUCAGAAAAACAAAAAUAUAAUUGAAUAUUAAAAAUGUAUUUUUCUUCUGAAAUGGAAUUCUUUUUUUAAAUGCAUAUGGCUGUCCAUUUUGACUGUGAUGAUGAAAAUCCUUUAUCUUCCAGAAGACAUAUGUGUGUGCAUUGUAUAGAUAAUCUUUAAUUUAAUUACACUGUUCAUUUUGUAAAUGUUUCUGUAUAAAAUGAAGCUUUUUAAGAUUACUCUGUAUAUAUAUUAUACCAAUUAAAUAGGUAAUGCCUGGUUA